AAUGCAGUACUCCAGAUGGGGCCUCAUGAAGGCAGAAUAGAUGUGGACAAUCACCUCCCUCACCCUGCUGUCCAUCCUUCUUUUGAAAUCAAGUUGGCAGCUUAGAGUUCCCAGAUUUAAAUUUAAAAGCGCAUCCCAAGUGCCAUGGGCCAUUCCCUGAAGCCCGGGGACCUGCUGCUGUCACUCCCCCGCUCUGCCUGGUGGCUGAGGGCAGCAGCACCCUGCCCUGAGCACCAACCGUAAGCCAUGAGCCUCACCAGCUCCAUAGGCCAAAGCAAACCAUAAGGGAGGUGGAAGCACAGACAGCAAUAGGAUUUCCCAUCCUUUAUCCUCGAUUCUCAUAUUCCAUUUUAAAAAUCAUACUGGAAAUAGAAGGAAAGAGUGUUUCCUAUUCACCAUUAGUAUGAGACAUGAGGAAUAGGUCCCCUGAGUCCAGCCCAUGUCCAGUCUGCUGGCUGCUGGGGAGCGCUGCGAAGCUGUUAGCCUGUAUUCUCACACUUAAGUUAAAGAACUGGCCAGCAAGGGUAGUGAAAACCGAAUCACAAUUGCUUUUAAUCAGAGGGUUUAAUGUAAUAGCCAUUUCUGGCUGCAGUAGGAGCUGAUGUGACUUUUCUUGGCCUACCCUCUUCUUUUUCAAUCUGUUUUGUAAUUUUGAGUGCAUGGCCUGCCUGCCAUUUUCAUGUUCUUAGUAGCUUCUUGGUUGAUUGCCCGUAGAUUACCUUUUCAAGAUUUUUCAGUGUUAGAUUGGAGGCUCCUGGGAGAUUGCGGGGUGCUGUUUGCUGCAGCCUCUUUGUAAAUCUGAUGGGCUCCGGGAUGGCUCCUAGUUUCUGAGGCUGCCUUUUAGUCUGUUCCCUUUGCCUCCUGUCCCAGGGGGCUGAGCAGAGCCAGGAGCAGCCCUGAGAGCGAAACAAGAGGCUGCUUGUCAUUCGUGUGCUGGUGAAGUUUGGUACAAAUCUUCCCAUCAUCUCGUUUUCAGCCUUUUUGGUGUAUUUACCUCACCAAAGCUUGUUGAUGUUUUAUGUGCCAAAUACAGUGUUUUAUAUAGCCUACAUAUAGACUAUAGGGCUAUUCCCACUCGUUCUGCUUGUCAUUUUAGCCAAAGCAUUUGCUAAACUCAGUGUGUGUAAGUAUGCAGCUGUGAAGAAAAUGUUGAUAAUGCGGUUCUAGAUUUACUUGUAAGGCCUUUUUUUUAAAAAAAAAAAAAAACAACUAUUUUGGAGCUAGUAUUUCAUCAUUUGCUUGUAAAGCUGUUAAAGCCAUGCUUGCAAACCUGUGACCGCUGCUCCCUCACGCUGGCGGAGAGCCGUGUGCCCGAGGGACGGCCGAGGCUGCAGCACGCCGGGAGCCGCGUUUGUGAGGAGGCAUGCUGGGAGUGCGAGUCUUUCCCCUUUACUUCCCGUCUGCAAUGGCCUCUUGAUGUAAGGCAGGGCCCGUCCGGCGCUUCCAUUCGGGGAGGGUGGUGGAAGAAUAAGAAACAAUAUGAAACCUCCACGAAGUGUCUGGCUUUUCAAGAACCUGCUUUCCGGUUGCUACUGUUAUGGUCUGCUUCGCAAUUGCCCUCUUCCUUCUGUUGCAAAGAGGAUAAGUUGUGUGAUGAGACUGCACAGCUGUGGAUUUUGGAGGCCGGAAUCUUUGUUGGACACGGCUAGAUUCACUCUGUCAUUUCAUGGUCAGCUUAGGAAGAAGCAUCAGGACUCUCGAGCACUGUGGAAGCACGAGGCCGUGCAGAAGUAUCUGGAAACUCUAAGCAAGGAAUACCAGCAGGUUAAUAGUCUGCUGAAUGCUGAUUCAAAAAAUGAAUUUGAGCAAAGAACCCUGAGGAGAAGACGUGCCGAUCUAUCCCCAGUUGCGACUGCAUUUCAAGAAAUCAAAGAGGCUGAAAGUGAGCUCCAGGAACUAGAAACUAUGUGCAGAGAGCUAGACAGCAGAGAUGAGAAGCAACUUCUAGAGCUUGCCUUAGAAGAGAAGGAAACCCUUGAUAAAAAAAUCAGCGCGCUGUGCAGAAAGCUUUUCCAGCUUCUAGUGCCAAAGGAGAAGUAUGAUAAAAGUCACGUUAUAUUAGAAGUGACAGCUGGCAGAACAACUGGAGGUGACAUCUGCCAACAGUUCACUAAAGAAAUGUUUGAGAUGUACCAGAACUAUGCAGACUAUAAAUGCUGGACCUUUGACAUUCUGAACUACGUGCCGGCUGAGAUAGGUGGGUUGCAUCACGCAGCUGCUCAUAUUUCAGGAGAUGAUGUCUACAGGCAUCUGAAAUAUGAAGGAGGGACUCAUCGAGUCCAGCGAAUCCCUGAGACCGGACUGUCAUCGAGAAUGCAGCGCAUUCAUACGGGGACAAUGUCUGUUAUUGUGCUCCCUCAGCCAGAGGAGGUUGAUGUUAAAGUGGAUCCCAAAGAUCUGCGUAUAGAUACAUUCCGGGCCAAAGGAGCAGGAGGGCAACACGUCAACAAAACGGAUAGUGCUGUGAGAAUUGUACAUCUUCCCACAGGAGUGGUAGUUGAGUGCCAGCAGGAGCGAUCGCAGCAGAUGAACAAGGAAAUAGCUCUGCAGACGCUGAGGGCUAAGCUGUACCAGCAGAUCAUUGAAAAACAACUGAGUCGAGAGCAGAGCGCCAGGAAACUGCAGUUGGGAACAAGAGCCCAGUCAGAGAGAAUUCGUACUUACAACUUCACCCAGGACAGAGUCACUGACCACAGGAUCUCGUAUGAUGCACGCAAUAUCAAGGAAAUUCUGAGUGGGAAAGAAGAACUGGACAAGCUAAUAAACAGACUGCUGGAGUUUGCAGAGAUGGAGGCUGUCACGGAAUAUCUAGAAAACCUGCAGUCUGUAGGAGGAGGAGGCUGCUGAAGACCUCGUGUGGAGCUAAAGCAGAACUGGCAGGGCUUUUUGAAGCCAGUUCUUCUCGUCCGUAUUGUAGCUGGACAGAUACAGAAUCACGGUGAUGGAGAAGAAAUACUACAUACUGCACAUCUGGCUCUGGAGGUGGGAAAUGUUCCUGUCCAGGUGAAAGAACCUAAGCUCCCCUUACGUAGCUUAGAAUCUGACCGUAUCAUUUUUAUCCACCGAUCAACUGAGCUUCCUAAAUGGAGUCCUUUCAAAAAUCACUCCGUAUUAUGAUGCUUUAUUUUGUUACAGGGCAUAUGCAAAGUCAAAGCUGCUUUGACCAGGGGCACCUGUGCCCAUCAGUGCUCUGGCAGGCAGUCUUGGGUCAGCUGAAGGUGGGUGUGGACCACGUGCUGUGCUGGCUGAUUCUUUGUUAUAGAAUGAAAUGAAGAUGACAACAUUUUGGAAGGAGUUUGGCAAUGCUAACGGGCAGCUUCCUGCUUCUUGACAGAAAGUGAGUUCACACUGUAGGUGUAUUUUAGUAAAUAAGGUGUGUCUGGAAUUCAGCUUCUGCCUUGAUGUCUUUGGGAAUGUGUGCCUGGCUCUGAGGGCAAACCAGGCAUCUAUAGAGUGCUCAGCUUUAGCAGGACCUGCAUUCAUGUUUUCCCCUAAGCACGUGUUGUGCAGUGUGCUCACACGCACUGGUGCGUGGGCAGGCAGCAGGCAGAAGCAGAGAUACUCACUUCUUUAACAUCACCCAAAAUUACACAAGUGCAGUGCUGACCCAGGCUGACUGUUGGAGCAAUGUGUCCCCUUUUAUCCUGCUCCUCCCUAAGUGUGCUUUUCAAUGGCUCUGUGCUGUCUUUUGGAUGUGAAGAGUCCAUCCAUUGUUAUGACUUAAACUGUGCAUGAGGUGCUAGUUUUGCUAUUGUUUUAUUCUUUUUCAAGGUAAGACUCCUAAGGCAAGGACUUAAUUUUUAUGCCUUUUUUUUGUUUAGGAUGCUAGCAUAGUAUAAAUAAAUUACUCCUUGGGAGAUAGAUAAACCCCAUUCACACAAAUAAGCUGGAGAACUGAUUUCUUUUUAUUUUACUUCUUGAGGUAAAAGAACUUGGCAUUUUUAAUGUAGGUUCCAUUUGGACACCUAUAGAACUUCCUUAUAUUUAAUGUAGUGGUUGUCAAAAUAUCAAGGAGAAAGAAGUUUUCAAAUGAAAAAGAUAGUACCUACCUAACCCCUGGAAUUCUAUCUCAGCUCUCAUUUUCCAAGACCUAGCUGCAAUGUGGGCACCUAGGUUGUUUCACACGACAGAAGAUGAUGGAUCAGAACUCGCAUACAGAGUGUGUCUGCUGCCAGGGUUGGGAUACCCAAUGGGUCAGCCAGAAAUGCUUCUCGUGAAGAGAGGCUGUCCUUAUGGGCUGUGGCUUGGUAAAACCUCUACUUCAUCACUCAGAUCCUCCCUCUUCCUGGUACCUGUGCUGUCUAUCUAGGGUUUUCUUCUCAGUGUUAGUAUGACGAUGCUUCCUUUUGUAGCUGGGAGUUGUCUCUAAGUCAGCUGAAAGGCAGGGCUAUUCAAAUGUGAUGCUGUCUACACAGAUACUGUAGUUGUGUGUAGUGUGUACUUACAAUGCUCUGCUGAAUUAUAUGUACAUUUUAUCUUUAUAUAUACCAUUCAUCGCAAUUGUUGAAUACACAAAACGUGAUAAACUAUAACGAAAUCACAGAA